UGGUUCUUUGUAAGUUUCUCUGUUUUGAGGAGAAAAAAGGAAUGCUAGGCAGUUUGCCAAUCUUGCCUCUUCCAGCACCCCCGUCUGAUGGAGAUCUUGGGCCUCUUCCUCCGUCCCAGGUACCAAAUGAAGAAGAGAAUUCUACGAAUGAAGAAGAGAGCAAGUCAAACUCUGUUCCAACACCUGUGGCAACUCAUACAAGGACUAUAGGGAUUAUACAUCCUCCUCCAGAUAUCAGGAAUAUCGUGGACAAGACUGCCCAAUUUGUUGCAAAAAAUGGACCUGACUUUGAAAAAAGAAUCAUCGCCAGUAAUGCUAACAAUGCCAAGUUCAACUUUUUGAGCCCUACAGAUGCUUACCAUACAUACUAUCAACAUCGGUUGUCUGAAUUUCGUUCCCAAAAUCAAUCUUCUGGCCUGCAGACUCGUUCCCAGCCUGCUGAUUCUGGUGAGUCAGCUCCCCCUGUUCCUGAUGCUGAUGGCAGUGAAGCUGCUGCAAAACUUGAUACUGGAGCUCAGUUUAAAUUACCUGUGCGUAAGGUUCUUGAGCCCCCGGAGGCUGAGCGAUAUACUGUCCGGCUUCCUGAAGGGAUUACAGGUGAAGAACUGGACAUCAUUAAGCUAACAGCUCAGUUUGCUGCUCGAAAUGGUAAAUCAUUCUUGACAGGAUUGGCAAGUCGGGAGAUGAACAAUCCACAGUUCCAUUUUUUAAAGCCAACUCAUAGCAUGUUCAUGUUUUUUACUGCUCUUGCGGAUGCCUAUUCGAGAGUUUUGAUGCCUCCAAAAGGUUUGACAGAAAAGCUGAAGAGGAGUGUUACUGACAUGACUACUGUGCUUGAACGAUGUUUGCAUCGCCUGGAGUGGGAACGUUCGCAGGAGCUAGCUAGGCAGAAAGCAGAUGAUGAGAUUGAGCAGGAGAGAUUGCAAAUGGCUAUGAUUGAUUGGCAUGAUUUUGUUGUGGUUGAGAGCAUAGAUUUUGCUGAUGAUGAGGAUGAGGAGUUACCUCCUCCAAUGACCCUUGAGGAGGUUGUACGAAGGAGUAAGAUAUCUGCAACUGCAAUGGAUGAAGAUGAGUUUGUUGAGCCUGGAAAGGCUGUAGAAAUGGAAAUGGAUGAAGAAGAAGUGCAGCUAGUUGAAGAGGGCAUGAAGGCUGCCAGCCUUGAAGAGAGUGAUGGUGAAAAGAAGGUGAAGGCAAACGAGGAGCCGGAACCACCAAUGAGGAUUGUAAAGAACUGGAAGAGACCAGAGGAGAGGAUCCCUGCAGAGAGAGACCCAACGAAGUUCACUGUAUCCCCAAUUACUGGGGAGCUAAUUCCAAUUAAUGAGAUGUCCGAGCACAUGAGGAUUUCCCUUAUUGAUCCAAAGUAUAAGGAGCAAAAAGAAAGGAUGUUUGCUAAGAUUCGAGAGACAACUCUUGCGCAGGAUGACGAGAUUGCCAAAAAUAUUGUGGGACUUGCACGAACCCGUCCUGAUAUCUUCGGUACAACGGAGGAAGAAGUUUCUAAUGCCGUCAAGGCAGAGAUUGAGAAGAAGAAAGAUGAGCAGCCAAAACAAGUCAUAUGGGACGGUCACACUGGAAGCAUUGGACGCACUGCAAACCAAGCUAUGUCUCAGAAUAUCAAUGGUGAAGAUCAGAAUGAUGUUAGUAACAACGAUGGGAGGUUCCUUCCUGGUCCUACUGCUCCUCCUCCACGACCUGGUUUGCCAUCCAUCCGACCCCUCCCCCCACCACCUGGUCUGGCCUUGAAUCUUCCUCGACCCCCUAAUGCAGUUCAAUAUUCAGCUCCAAAUAGUGGUGCAUACCCUGUACCACCACCCCGGCCACCAGGAAUGCCAAUGAUGACAUCAAUUCCUCCACAACAGCCACCAUUGCCAACUGGACAGCAACCAAUGAUGAUGCAUCGUCCACCCCAAAUGCAUCAUCCACCUAUGUCUAUGAACGCACCUAGUAUUCCUGUUCCACCUCCACCUGGAUCUCAGUUUACUCCAAUACCAGUUCCCAGACCUUUUGCCCCUAUGCCUGUCCCUCCUCCUACCAUGCAUAUGAUGCCGCCACCGCCACCUCCUCAAGGAAUGCCACCACCGCCACCACCUGAUGAUGCUCCUCCACCACUUCCAGAUGAACCAGAGCCAAAGAGGCAGAAGCUUGAUGAUUCUAUGCUUAUUCCUGAAGAUCAAUUUCUGGCUCAACAUCCGGGACAUGUUCGCAUCAAUGUGUCUGUUCCCAAUGUUGAUGAAGGAAAUCUCAAAGGGCAAGUCCUGGAGAUUACAAUGCAAUCCUUGUCUGAGACAGUUGGCAGCCUGAAGGAGAAAAUAUCAGGGGAGAUCCAACUACCAGCAAACAAACAGAAGUUGAGUGGAAAAGCUGGUUUUCUCAAGGACAAUAUGUCGCUUGCGUAUUACAAUUUUGGUGCAGGGGAAACACUCACUCUGUCUUUGAGAGAGCGUGGUGGUAGAAAGAGAUAAUCAGGCUUCUUGACCAGAUUAAUUAAGAUGGAAAGUGUGGUAUCUACUACAGAUCUGAUUCCAUGGCGAUAUUGGCGAGUCUCUUAAGGGCAAUGGGAAGUAGAGGUGUUCCUUUUUCUUUGGCAUUAACUUAUGUCACAAAAGAUUCCUUACUCUUGCCAUUUUCAAUUGAUACUCUGAGAAACAUUUGUUACGCAGUAGGUUUUUUGGGUAAUUACUCUUGUUAUUGAUUUUGAUACGUUGAUGCUGGAUUUUUUCCCCGUUUGUAAAGGUAGUGAUCAAAAGAUUGUUCCGUUGGAGUUGGGUUAUUCUUUUGUAGGUAGGAUGCGAGUGUACUUGGCAUGUGGAUCUGCAGAUGGUUUAUACAGUUUUUACAUGGGAUGUACACCAAUAGAAUGCUUAUUUGUUUGGCUGGAUAGUCUGUGCGACCCAUCAGAUGCCACAUAUUCUGUAGAAUGUUUUGACGCAGCAUUGACCUGGAUGGGUGGCUGUUCAAGAUGGAAGCGAGUAAUACUAAAGUUAUUCAUUCAUGUUUUCCCUGUUAGGUUGUCGCCUGAUUAUGGUCAUGCAAUGCCUUCUGCAUUUUGUGACAUCUUCUAGUUAGAUGAUACAUGCAAUGUGGCUCAGUCAUGCUAAGAGUUUUUGUUCAGACUAUAGCGUUAAAAAGAUUUAUGGAUCUAACUUUUGAGGCAUUCUGGGUAUUGAACUUUGAUUAUUCCUAGAGUGUUAGCUGGGCAACAUGUAGAUUGUAGAUUUGUAGGCUUACCUUGGAAAAUCAGUGAAGUAGAAUGGGUUUUGGGGAGAGGUAAAUUUGAGAUUUUUACUAUUGAUAGUGUUGUAGAGGUGCAAUCUAGUGGACACUUGUUCAAUUACGGGCAGCCAAGAAAACGAAAAAGAUUUUGGCAAUCUUUC